CAUAGAGUACUAUUCAUCUUACGUGCAUCCGCCGAUAGACAGAGAUCAUCAGAUCGAGAUGGAGGAGCCGCCGUCCUCGUUGUCAUCGCCGGCUCUGCCGCUCGACAUGGUCGUGGAGAUCGCCGAGCGCUCCGACCCCAUCACGCUCCUCCGCUGCGCCGCCGCGUGCAGGCACCUCCGCCGCGUCAUCUGCGGCGCCGCCGGCUUCUCCCGCAACCUCCGCCUCCGCAACGCCGACGGCUUCGUCCCUGGCCUCCUCCGCGGCUUCUUCCUCCAGCCUCGCCGCCCCUCCCCCGACCCCGACUACCAGCCGCUACGUUUCGUCGCGGCUGGCCAUGCCAUCGUCGGCGGCGGCGGUGGCGCCGAUCAGAUACGGUCCUUCGUGUCCAGCUCCGACCACGUGUAUGGUUCUAUCCAUUGGCGCAUCGAACCCGUGGCGGCGCGCGGUGGCUUCGUCGUCCUCCGGACCGGCGACUCCUCCGGCAAAGUGUGCAACCCUAUGACGGGCUACGUGCGCUGCAUCGACAUGCCGAGGCCGUGGUCGUCCGGGUCCUACCUCCUGCUCACCGGCGACGACGCCGGAGUCACCUCCGAGCUCCACCCGUACCGGCUUCUCUCCGUGAGCCUUCACCUGACCGGGACGGGGCGCGAGCGGCGGCGGAUUCACGUAGAGAUGGAGGCCUUAUCCCCGGACGCUGGCUCGUGGGGCCCAACCACCGCGAUCCCUGUCGAGAUCGCCGGCGGCGGCGAGUACGGCAGCCCGCGCGCCUUGCUGAUCCGCACGCCCGCCGUCGUCGACGGCGUCGCCUACUUCCUCGGCGGCCACCCAUCGCUUGUCUUCGACCUCCAAUACCAGCGCCGCCAGUUGCCCUACGACUACUUCAUCCUCUGCGUCGACGUCUCCGGCGAAACCGAGAUCGGGAGUGCAACAUCUCCGGCGACGAUCACGCGGUUGCCGACCGAACUCCGGCUGCUAUCGUCGUGCACGGGCGAGGCAGACGUCUCGCCGGGGCAGCUCCUGCUGGUGCCGCCGUCGUCGUGCGGCGGCGGCGACAGGAAGUCGUUGGCGCUGCUCGUCGGCCGGAGGACGCAGGUGGAGAUCUGGGCGAUGAACUUCGGCGGCGGCUGCGGCGCCAGCGCCAGGUCGGCCCCGCGUCUCUUGUCGGUGUCGUGCACGAGGGUCGUCGACUUGACGACGACGGGAGUGCACCGGAGUCCAUGCUCCCCGCCGCUGCCGGUGCCGGAGUCGGACGAGGUGUUCGUGUGGUCCGGCGAGGCGAGCGGCGCCGUGGUGCUCCGGCUCAGGGGGACGCUCUGCUUGCUGGACCGGCGGACGAUGGCGGUCCGUGCGCUCGGCGAGGACUUCAGCGAGUUCCGUGAUGGGCCUAACGGUGUGUUCCUGCCGUACGAGAUUGGUGUUUCCAGUUGGGUUCCUUCGAUAUCUCCAUGAUUUUGUGAGAAACGUGGGAUUACCGGAAGUCGCAACUCGCAAGCAACACCAAAUUAACAUGCGUGUGCUCAAUUAUACUCCCUCC